GACGGCAAAGAUGAUAUUAUACAUCACAUUUUGAUCUAAACUUGCUAGUAAAUAUCUCUCACUCGCUCGCUCGCUCCUUCCCAUUCUUCUCUGCCUUCCCCAGCAGACAUGGCGUCCUCGUUUCAUCUUCUUCCGCUCCUACUUUGCUGCUCCAGUCUUCUGCUACAACGUGCGUCCGCAGCGGCUCCUUCUUUGCUGCUCCAAUUAAGAGAUGAGAGCCAUCCCUUGCUCCGCCGCCCACGCACCAAAAUCUUCCACCCGUCCACCGGCCUCUGCGUGACGCGGAGGAGGACCAUGGCAGACCCGCUGAAGCUUGGCCCUUGCUCCGCAUCCGAUUCAUGGCGCUACACGCCGCAGGAGUUCUUGAUGGUGACCGGCACCUACUUCUGCCUGCGAGCGGUCGGCCUGGGCGCGCCGGUGAGGCUGGGGAUCAUCUGCGACCCGUCGGACUCGCGGUGGCAGCUCGUGUCGGGUUCGGAGAAGACGCAUCUGGCCACGAAGCUGACGGAUGGAACGGAGGUGUGCUUGGACGUCGACUCUGACGGCUGCCUCGUCUCCAAUUCCUGCGACGGGUUCCAUGGCGGAGAUGACGAGCACCUGCAAGUGGAAAGCCAGUGGUUUAAGCUGGUCACUGCGGGCUUCAAGAAGCAGAGUCUGCCAUCAUAUGUGGGAUAGCCAAUAGUAUUAUUAUAUACGUACAUGUGUUGUAUAUUUGCAGGGAAAUAUUGACGUCAUAUAUGUGAAUUAACUUAAUUUCCUGAUAAGUAAUCAAAUCUCAAUAAAUCCAUUUGCUCUUCUUUUCUUUA